AUGACUGACGUAGAUGUAGAAGAGAACAUCAGCAAGUUCAUCGAUGUGGAGGCGGAAACAAUCUUCAAGGCCAAGAAGCUUAAACAGUCUCCUGAAGAAAUAUGCUCAUGGAUAAAAGGCAAAUCAGGAAACUUUUUCUUCUUUGCAAAAUUCUUCCUGCAAAACUUCGUUGCGACGGUGGAGGAUGCGGAUGCCUGCAAAUACUCCAUGACCACAAUACUGCUCCCAUGCCUGGAACUGCUUAGACAGUACUACGGCUACGAACUCCUUCCGAUGUUCCAGAACAUCGACAAUCAGAACUAUCUUCUUUCGAUACUACAGAUUGUCAUCAAUUCCAAGUCAUCAACCAGUACGGAAGAGAUAACAGACGCUAUCGCCUGCUUUCACGACGAUUCUCGUUUGAGGCGUCUUGACAUUCGCAGUGUUCUCCAGCAAAAAUGCCCACGGCUUAUCCAUGUUGACGACAAUUCCGAACUCCAUAUCACACACCAAUCGUUCUGUUCCCACUUCAUGUGUUACAUAAACAAAGAACAACAACACGCUAAUAUGGCUUUUCUAUGCCUAAAGUAUCUUUCGCAGCCCAUCUUUGGACGCGAUUGUAAUGAUUCACCAACGGAGCUACCUAGGCAUCACCCGUUCUAUAAUUAUGCGGCACGUUGGUGGGAAGAUCAUUUCCGUCUCUCGGACAGAGAGGGAACGAAGCUGUUGUCCCAGCUUGGCUAUUUCAUCACCUCCCCAUGCUACAAUGCCUGGUCCUCACACCGGUCUUGGAAUAUUGCGAUAAAUCAAUGGGCUCGCAAAACUCCAAUGUACAAUGCGAUUAUGUCGAAUCCCUGGAUUCCCCCGGCUAUCACUCUCACAAAGGCCAAUGCCGGCCAUCUCACUAGCGAGCUUCAGGCAACUUACGGCAUGGUUGAACCUAAGUCUAGGUCAUGGAAAGACAAUUCAUCAAUACUAGUCGCGAAAUUUAUGCACAGGUUUGAUGUAUUUCACGGCUUGAACAGACUGCUUGAGAACGCUCAUCCCGAGCCGGACUUUUCUGUACGAGAUGCGGCCGGCCACACACCUCUGAUGGCGGCAGCGAUGGUGCCAGACGGCUUGCCUGACAUGAUUAAAUUUUUCCUUCGAAAGACUCAGGAUGUCAAUGAACGAAGCUUCGUCCACGGGGAUCCAGCACUCUUGCUUCUCUGCAGGUUUCUGGACCUGCGUCAUGACUUUCUCUUCGGUGAUAUGCUCUCCCUAUUCCUCGCCGCGGGGGCAGACCCCAACAUAUCUGGGCUCGACGGAAAUACAUGUCUUUUGGAGGCAUGCGAAAGGAAUUCGCUGCUUUUAGACACAUUGGACGACAUCAAUCAACUGGAUGGCGCGGGAUUCGCAGCCAUACAUAUAUUAACAGCACCGGACUAUAUCGAGUGGCUUCCUCACCUUCUAAAAAGACCUGAUGUAGAUCUCGACCUUCUCUCGAACGGGUUGGAAGACGAUCGCAAAAGAGCCCUACGCCGGACCCCGCUAGGCUUCGCAAUCUUCCAUGACAAUUUCAAAGCUGUUGAGAUGCUUCUCGAAGCAGGUGCCAAUCCUUGUCGCUGCCCGGGAACAACCGAUGAUACCCCAGUCUACAUGGCCGUGAAGGUUGCUAGGACAACAAAUUAUAAAAAUAGCAAGCAUGACAAGAGCAAGUUCGACAAGAAUGGCAACGUCGAUAUUUUGGAGUUGCUAUUAUCGUACCAAUCCCCUAUCAAUACGUUGUUGAACCACAAGUCAAAGGAGUACGCAAAGUCACCGUUGAGAUUGGCGGUGCACUUGGGGGACCAGAACAUGGUCGAGCUUCUCCUACGACACGGGGCUGACCCCACACUGGAAGAAGCCUACGGACUUCUUGGUCCUCUAGAUGCUGCUAUUGUUCACGGCGAUGAAGACAUCACUAUCAUAUUGGUCAAGACUCUUCUUGACAACGAAUUGCCCCCCAGCAUCAACUACCUGCCGGAAGACAAUAACCAUGCCGAUCAUGUACUCAGUGCAGCGAGUGAGCUGAAACCGGCGCUGGUCCAGCUUUUACUUGACUACGGCGCUGACAUGAAAGAAAACAAUGUCGAUAUUUGCAAGGUGCUCGUAGAGCAUGAACCCGGCUUGGUCAACUGCCAGUUCGAAGAGGGACUUGUAUGCGAAGCACCAAUACACUUGGCCGCCAGAGAGGGACACAAGGACAUAGUCCGCUAUCUUCUCGACGUAGGUGCCACGCCCGAUCUUCUCUCAUAUCAUUGGCACGAAACACCGUUCUGGUCCGCAUGCUACAAUGGCAAACUCGAAAUCCCCCAAUUGCUCUACGACAAGUCUCCAAAGACCCUCGACACCACAUCCUACGACGGCAGCACUCCCCUCAUCGUCGUAUGUGACACUGGAAACCUGCAACUGGUGAGAUUUCUUCUCGAAAAGGGGGCCGACGCCAAAGCAAGGCGCUCCACAGGAGAAUCGUGCGUCCAUAGCGCGGUGUCGAAGGACAACGGCGCUGCGCACAAAAUCGUCGACCUGCUGAUUCAACACGGGCUCGGUAUCGACGACGUUGUCAGCGCGAUCGGCUUCACCGUCCUCGGCGAGGCUUGCAGAGUUGGCGAUGCCCAAACUGUCUGGAUGUUGCUCGAGAAAGGAGCAGAUCCGUCCAAGGGGCAAAAGCCGCCCGGAAACACGUCCGGGGCCUGGCGGUCUGCUUUGCAUGUUGCGGCUAUUGGUGGACAACCCAAGAUCGUCGAAAUCUUGCUUCAAAGUCCUCAGCUGUUCUCGUUUGUCGAAAAUGUCGAUUAUUACGGGGACAACGUCUUGCAUUUGGGUUCCCCAGGAUCUUCCGCCAAAGCCUACGAGAUCACAGACAAGAUAUAUAGAGCCUGUCAGAGGCUCGAGUCAGAAACGGGAAUCGACCACUUCCCGGCAAUGCUUGCCGUCGAGACCCGUGGUUUGCACACGCUUAUAGACAUUGCAAUGGGAAGCCUCCACAAGCGCUUAAGUGACGAAGCUCUGGCAAAGACUGACGAAAUCAUCCGUCAGUACGUCGAAGAGCUGACCACGGGGGACCAGAGAACCGUUUUCCACCCCAAACACCUCAUGAGCGAUCUCUCUUUUCUUCUCCUACAACGAGACGGAUACGAUCAGCAAGCCGUUAGGCUACUACAGACUUUGACCAUUGAUGUGUCAAUUAAAGAGCUGAAGGAUCGUUUCAUUGAUACGGCGGCAUGGACGAUAUGCUGCGAAGUCUGCGACGGCCCCGGCGGCCCCAACGAAGACGACGACGACGAUGAGAAAGAGGUCAUUUGUUUCUGCCGGUUCUGCCGCCUCAUCCUUCACUUCAUGCUUUCGGAUACCUCGAGUUCCGACGCCGAGCCUGGAGUCCAUACUUGCCUCUAG